AUGCGACCAUUCAGCCCGGCGCCUAGAAGCCUCACUGGCACUCUGCCCAGGAACACUCCCCCGGUGAAAUCCAUACUCAAGCCCUCUUCACUUCUGGGCCGCAGGAAAGAACAGCACGAACAGCGCGGCGAGAGCCCCGAGGCUCAAGACGCGUCUAGCAAACGGCGCAAGGUCUUCUUCGACGAUAUAAAGAAUGUGACGUACGAAGUCGGCCGGCGGACCAUGGACGAAGUAAAAUUAGAAGUGCGGAUGGCGCUGGAGGCCCACCUGCGAGGAGAUGACGGCCAGUAUGAUGGGUUGAAGGAGAUGUUUGCCAACGAUAAAAAGAGAUAUCUGCCGCCGAUAGUUGGAGAAGAAGAGGAUACAUUGAAGCCUCACGAACUUCAGGUUUACCUCAUGGCGUUGACAGGCUGUAUUCCCAUCUUAAAGAGCAAGGACUGCAAUGGUCUGGUGAAGGCGAUCCUCAACUGCUCAUGGCUAGGGCGAGAUGCAGCCUUUGUCAAAGUAUUUACACAUUUUCUCGCCGCUCUAGUCAGUGCGCAAGGCUCCUAUCUCAACCAAGUCCUGAAUAUGAUUGUGGGCAAAUUCCACGACACGCGCCCAUCCGCGUGGCGAGUCCCUGACUUCCCCGAGGUCUCGCGUGCCACGAUGCGCGAGAGGCUGCACUCGACUCUACAGUACCUUCUCAGGAUGUUUCCAUCCGCCAUCUCCGUUUUAGAAAAUCUGCUUAGAACCAAAUUUCCGUUCCUAGACGAUUCGAUGAGAGUCCACAUGGCCUACAUCCACAACCUCCUCCAAGUCAAGGAGUACGUGCCUGAUCUGGCGGAAGAUGUUUAUGAUAUGAUACUCGAUCGCGUUGUCAAGAUCGACUCGCAGAUGCAGCUGGAUUUGGAAGACACGGACGAUGACAUCACAGCCGCCGUCAUGUACGCGCUGCGCGAGAACGCUCAGCAAGACGCGGCGGGCUGGGAAGACGAGGCGGAUGACGAUAGUGAUACCGAAUCUGUUGAUAGCGACGACUUGGAUUACGAUCAAGAUGCCGUUCGGAUCAAGACUCUCAAGGACAGCGUGGAGAAGAUGGAUUCGAUGCUCGAUACGCUUUUCGAAGUCUACACGCCACACUUUGCAAACCCUGGGUCAGAUAAAGCGUUUGACAUGUUCACGACGAUCCUACGCGAGUUUGAUCAGAUGGUGUUGCCGACAUACAAAUCACGACAUACACAAUUUCUUAUCUUUCAUUUCGCACAGCAACACGAGCGGCUGACCGACGCCUUUUGCGGCCAGCUUAUCGCCAGUGCCUUUCAGAGCAAUACACCCAACAUUCUGAAGCAGGCCGCUGCCGCCUACCUCGCAAGCUUUGUUGCUCGGGGAGCACUCGUACCGCGCAACCUGGUGCGUACAAUAUUUAUGCUUUUGAUCCAUCACCUGGACCAGUACCGCCGGAAAUAUGAGCCCCUGUGCCGCGGUCCAGAUCUCAAGCGAUUCCACCCCUACUACAGCCUCGUACAGGCUACCCUCUACAUCUUCUGCUUCCGCUGGCAAGACUUGGUGGUGUCUGCCCCGGAGUUUGUCGACCCCGAAGACCCAGCAUCCUACAUUGGCCAAGACCUUGAGUGGAUUGGGACGGCAAGAAAAGAUCUUUCGACACACAUCUUUGGCAAACUCAAUCCAUUAAAGGUCUGCGCACCUGUCAUCGUCGAGGAGUUUGCCAAGCUGGCACACCGACUCAAUUUCAUGUAUGCGUAUCCGUUGAUUGAAAGCAACAAGCGCAUCCGCUUGACACAGUUCUUGUCAUCAACUUACUCCACUGGAGGCGCUCUGCGAGAUUCUGGUUUUGAUAACCAGGAGGAGAGCUUUCAUCAAUUGGACCCAUACUUUCCAUUCGACCCAUACCAGCUACCGGUUAGCAAACGCUGGCUUACAGAAGAUUACGUGAACUGGAAAUCAAUCCCGGGCCUGAACGCGGAAGACGAUGAAGACAGCGACGACUUUGAGGAUGAUGAGGACGAUGAUGCCCUGGAGGGCCUUGAGGAGGGCACCGCUACUGAUAGCGAGGGUGACUACUCAGAGUAA